CGGCCAACCACACCGCCGCACACUACAUAAAUGCUCCUGUCCGUCACCGCCCGUCCGCUCACGCUCACAUCCACCCUCGUCCGCCGCUCGCUGCACACCUCGCUCAAAAUGGCCACUCCUUACACCGUCGUCAGCACCGACAAGGCGCCUGCCGCCAUCGGCCCCUACGUCCAGGCCGUCAAGCACAACGGCAUCAUCUACGCCUCGGGCGCCAUCCCCCUCGACCCCGUGUCCAUGACCGUCGUCCCCGGCGGUGUCAAGGAGCAGACUGCCCAGGUCCUCAAGAACGUCACUGCCGUCCUCGCCGCCUCGGGCUCGUCGAAGAAGUCGGUCCUCAAGACGACCUGCUUCCUCAAGGACAUGAACGACUUUGCCGACUUCAACACGCUCUACGCCGAGUUCUUUGGCGAGACCAAGCCUGCGCGCUCGUGCGUCGAGGUCGCCCGUCUCCCCAAGGACGUGCUCGUCGAGGUCGAGUUUGUCGCCGUCGAGGAGAAGUAAGGCGCCAGCCGCAAACGAGCCAGAGCCAGCCGCAGGCUGGCGAGGGCAGAGUCGGGGUGCUGCGAGGCAGUACCAGAGUUAAAAGGCUGCCCUGGUGGGCGAUGCAUCGUCGUGAGGUAGCGGCGCUGGGUUAGCUGGCGUACGAGUGCAGAGAGG